AUGGUCACUGAGAUCACUGACCCUGACUAUUUCCUGGCAAACUAUAGCUCUUCCUUUGACUAUGGAGGAGAAAACGAGAGUGACAUCUGCUGUAAUUCCCCACCCUGCCCACAAGACGUCAGCCUGAACUUUGACCGGGCCUUCCUGCCAGCCCUCUAUGGCCUCCUCUUUGUGCUGGGGCUGCUGGGCAAUGGCGCUGUGGUGGCUGUGCUGCUGAGCCAACGAGCAGCCCUAAGUAGCACCGACACCUUCCUGCUUCACCUGGCCGUGGCUGACGCCCUGCUGGUGCUAACCCUCCCACUCUGGGCAGUGGACGCUGCGAUCCAGUGGGUUUUUGGCUCUGGGCUCUGCAAAGUGGCAGGUGCCCUCUUCAACAUCAACUUCUAUGCAGGGGCUCUCCUGCUGGCCUGCAUCAGCUUUGACCGGUACCUGAGCAUAGUGCAUGCUACUCAGCUCUACCGCCGGGGGCCCCCAGCUCGUGUGACCUUCACUUGUGUAAUUAUCUGGGGGCAAUGUCUACUCUUUGUCAUCCCUGACUUCAUUUUCCUGUCGGCCUACCGUGACGCACGCCUCAAUGCCACCCACUGCCAGUACAACUUCCAACAGGGGGGCCGCACGGCACUGCGCCUACUGCAACUAGUGGCUGGCUUCCUGCUGCCACUGAUGGUCAUGGCCUAUUGUUAUGCCCGCAUCCUAGCUGUGCUGCUGGUCUCCAGGGGCCAGAGGCGACUGCGAGCCAUGCGGCUGGUGGUAGUGGUAGUGGUGGCCUUUGCCCUCUGCUGGACCCCCUACCACUUGGUGGUGAUGGUAGACACCCUCAUGGACAUGGGGGCUUUGGCCCGCGACUGUGCCCGAGAAAGCCGUGUGGAUGUGGCCAAGUCUGUCACCUCAGGUCUGGGCUAUAUGCACUGCUGCCUCAACCCGUUGCUCUAUGCCUUCGUGGGUGUCAAGUUCCGAGAGCGGAUGUGGACGCUACUUCUGCGCCUGGGCUGCCCUGGCCAGAGUGGGCACCAGCGGCAGCUGCCAUCUUCCCGCCGGGAUUCAUCCUGGUCUGAGACCACAGAGGCCUCCUACUCGGGCUUGUGA